UAUCGGUAGGCUGGGAGACGGGUGUGAGGGCAACCCAUGUUCCCUGCUAUCAACAAAAUGUAUUUUACUCAUUCUUUUUUCUGCAUCGAUUGACUCAAAAUGACGCUUCCCGAAUGUGAAAUUUGUUGCAAAGAAUAUUCAAAUAUCGAUCAAAAUCAUUCUCCAAAAAUUUUAAAAUGCGGCCACUCAAUUUGUCAAAUCUGCGCUGCCAAACUUAUCACGAAUUCAUGUAUUUAUUGCCCUUUUUGCCGGGAAACAACUAAAAUCCGAGAUGGGAAAGUUGAGAAUUUGAAGAAAAACUUCGGCUUGAUGAAAGCAAUUGAGAUAAUGAAAAAUAGUACCACAAAGCAAGAUACUCCAGGCUUUUCACCAACAAAAUGCAGUGCUCAUCCAUAUAAUCUCGCGGAGUUCGUAUGCAUGGGAAACACUUGCUCUGCAAAAGACAAGUUUAUGUGCCGAACUUGUGAAGAGUUCGGAAUUCAUAAAGGUCAUGCAAGAGGAUUGUUGAUUUCGGAAUCUGCAAAACUUAGAGAAAUUUUGGAAUGCAGGUUUGAAAAAAUGGAAUUAAAUAAUCGAAUAUUUGAAGAACAAUUGAAGGAAAUUAGAAAGGCUGGUAUCACCAAUAUAACUUUGUUCAAUCAGAAAGUGGGAAAAGUAAAUCUACACUUUAAAAAACUGCAUCGUUUGCUCUCUGAUCAAGAAGAAGCGAUAAUUGAGAAAUUAGAACUAUCCUCAUCGAAAACAUAUGAACUCAAUUUGGAGAAAGAGAAUAAAUUACUACAAUCGCAGGAGGAACUUGCCAAGAAAAUGGAGCGAAUGAAGACGCGUAUCAAUUUGAACGAUACACAAUUGUUCAUCGCAGGUGUUGAAAUGAGAGGACCGACAUGGUACUAUGAAAACGAGCUUCCGGACUGUCCGCCAGCUACAGACGAUGUGGAAGUGAGACUGCCAACUAUCAAAAUAAAAGACUGCCUUCUGGAAUUGACGAACGAAGAUAGUUCCGGAGUAACUUAAACCCGGAGAUAAUUUUUUUAAAAAUGUUUCCCCUUUUUGAAUUUGUAGAUGAAUUGUUUUUGCUCUAGAAAAAAUCAGCUGUUUGCUACAUUUUUUUCCACUAUUAUGGUACUGUGUUUACGUGUCCUGACUUGUCCGAUUUCUUAAUUCUUUUUUUUCUCUCAAAAAUUUCACGUUUCAAUGCAAACGUAAUAAAUUAUUACUAGCUAUAAGUUCGGUACUUGUGUAUUAUUUUCCCUCAUUUUAAUAUUAUCCAUUUUUAAUAAAACGUGAUGUCCAUU